UUUCCUUGCCUUUGGGACCAAAGGAAACAUAAAGCAAAGCCCCUCACAUUAUUGAGCACGAAAAAAGAAAGCGAGAGGCAACAAUUUGAACAGGCAGUUGUCUCUUUGUCUCCACGCGUGUCAGGAUGAAACCUCAGUAAAACGAGCCACGACUUGAUCCUGUUCAGGAGGAAGUUAAACCGGCUCGCGAUGAACCCACUCUCACAGUCAGACAUGCAUUACCGUCUCCUCGGAGCCAUCGGCUGCCUCUGCCUUCUUCAUCCCGGUCUGUGGGCAGAAGAAUGCAGUCAGGACGUUCUAGGAAAACGCGAGAACGUUACCGUCCCAGCGGGACAAAGUCUGUCUCUGUCCUGUGUGGUCCAACACUGUGGGGGCGCCUGGACAGGGACCUGGACGAUUCAAAGAACGGAUUCAAAGGGCGACAAUAUAACCGCGAGGCGUCGUCUGUCCAACGUGUCGCUCUCGGCCACUCAAACCCGCCUGACUUUGGAUUUCCCGAGUGUCGGCCUCUUAGACGAAGGUACUUACGGGUGCAGCGUUAAAUGGGCUCAAGGUGACACGCGAGGACAUUUGAUGUACGUUAACGUCACAGCAGCCGUCCCUUCCGAGAGGAGCGUCCUGCACAGGGUUUUGGUCUGUGCCGGCGCUUCCCUUUGUCUCCCCAUCGUUCUGUGUUUGGCUCUUUGUCUGAGGUCAGAGGUCGAGCCCCGGUCGCUUCCCAGGACGUUAUCCACACACUCGGUUGUUUACAGAAAGCAACCCCAGUCGGCUCCACGGCCCCCACCUCGAUGCCCCGUACUUCAGAAACCUAGCACUUCCUCUCACAAAGCUUUCUCCGAGUCCACCCAGAAGAACGAGGUGGGUGAACAUCCCUUUACGAGACAGGACGCUUUUUGUUUGCUACCCCUUUCAGCAUAUAUAUCAGUUUGUGCAAGCGGUUUCAAUGUUGCAGGUGGUGUAUGCCGAUAUUUCCCAGCAUGCACUGGGUCAACGGGGAGCGGUCGAAGAGCCCGACCCGUCCACCACCUACUCCGCCCUUAUGUUCUCCUGACCGCAUCCGAAGCAGGAACAAGAAGCAGAACAUGGUCUGGACUUUUGGAUUCUUUGAGUUCUUCACAUGCAGGACUGGCUCUCUGAGACAUUAUGGACAUAUAUGUCCCAAUUAGGUCUGUUACCUGCACAUUGUGGAAAGUGAUUAAAGGAGAGUCAUGUUUGUC